GAGAAUCUGAGAUUUAUUAAAUUAAUGAGAUUAAGAUGAAAACUUAUAUUAUUCUUAUAUUUCAUGCAUCAUUGAUGGUGUCCUCCAUUUUUGGGGUCAACUCAACAACAGAAAAUGGAGACAUGAAGUGCAAAGAGAGGGAGAGACAUGCACUCCUCACGUUCAAAGAAAGUGUUCAAGACCAAUAUGGCAUGUUGUCCACAUGGAAGGAAGGUCGAAAUGAAGAUUGUUGCAAAUGGAUGGGAGUUCAAUGCAACAACCAAACAGGUUAUAUUCAAAGUCUUGAUCUUCAUGGAUCUGAUACAAAACAUUUGAGUGGUGAAAUCAAUCCUUCAAUAGCUAUGAUUCAAUAUCUAAAAUAUUUAGACCUUAGUUAUUUGAAUUAUAGUGGUCAAAUCCCAAAAUUUAUUUGCUCCUUUAGUAAAUUACGAUACCUUAAUCUCUCAUAUGGUAUUUACAUAGGCAAGAUUCCUUCUGACCUUGGAAAUCUCUUAGAGUUACAACACCUUGAUCUCGCCCACAAUGAACUCAGUGGGGAAAUUCCUUCUCAUCUUAGAAAUCUCACACAAUUGCAAUACCUUGAUCUCAGCGAAAAUGAACUCAGUGGAGCAAUUCCUGAUGAUUUUGGCACUAUAAUGCAUUCACUUGAGACACUCUUUCUAUUUGACAAUAGUCUAGAGGGAAAGAUCCCUAAAUCCAUUGGGUAUAUUCGCACAUUGAAGUAUUUUUAUGCUGACACCAAUCACUUGAGCGGAGAGCUUUCAGAUUUUAUCAUCCAUCAUAACUAUUCCAAUUGCAUUGGAAAUGUAUCCUCCUUACAACUACUAUCAUUAUAUGAUAAUCAUAUUUCUGGCAUGUUACCUGAUCUUUCAGUCCUGUCUUCUUUGAGAUGGUUAUUUCUUGAUAGAAAUAGAUUUGUUGGAGAUAUACCUACAAGUAUCGGAUCACUUAAGGAAUUAAAGGUUUUGAACCUGAGGGAUAACUCUUUUGAAGGUAUAGUCUCUGAAUCUCAUUUCACAAACCUGUCCAAAUUGAAUGACCUAGAUUUGUCUCAUAACUCAUUGACUAUAAAGGUUAGUCAUCAAAGGGUUCCUCCUUUUCAAUUAUUAUACUUUGAUUGUUCAUCUUGUAAUUUUGAUUCUAGAUUUCCUAAUUGGCUUCAAACACAAAAUUCUUUAUCCUUUCUUACCCUUUCAAAUGUCAGUAAUCUGCCUCCAAUACCUCAUUGGUUUUGGGGAAAAUUGCAAACAUUGUAUUCCAUGGACAUUUCAAAUAAUAAUCUCACAGGCAGGAUUCCCAAUUUGGAACUCAAUCUUACUCAUUAUCCUGAAAUAGAUUUGAGUUCAAAUAAACUACAAGGUCCCAUUCCUUCUUAUUUACUUCAAGCGGGGUCACUGCUUCUUUCCAAUAAUAGGUUUGCAGAUUUAAUUUCUUUUAUAUGCAACAAAAAUAAUCCUAAUAUUUUAGGAAUUUUUGAUAUAUCAAACAAUCAACUAAAAGGAGAGUUACCAGAUUGUUGGAGUAAUUUAACCUCGUUACAAUAUGUUGACAUGAGCAAUAACAACUUAUCUGGAAACAUUCCCUUCUCAAUGGGAACCCUUGUUAACAUGGAGGCUUUGAUUUUAAAAAAUAAUAGUUUAAGUGGUCAACUCUCUUCCUCAUUGAAGAAUUGCUCAAGCAAGUUGGCUUUUCUGAACCUCGAGGAUAAUAUGUUUCACGGUCAAAUACCUUCAUGGAUUGGUGGUAGCUUGCAACAAUUAGUCAUCUUAAGCCUUCGAUUCAAUAACUUCUCUAGAAAUAUACCUUCGAAUCUUUGUUAUUUGAGAAAACUUCGAGUCUUGGAUUUGUCACUAAAUAACUUAUCAGGAGGAAUCCCAACUUGCAUACAAAAUCUUACUUCAAUAGCCCAGAACUUCGUGAACUCAACUACAUCAAUGGGGCACGAGUAUUUCCCAAGGAAUAGGAAUUUUUCUACGGGUUAUUAUGUUUUCAACUUAUUCCUAAUGUGGAAAGGUGUAGACCAACCCUACAAAAAUGCAGAUGUUUUUCUAAAAACUAUUGAUCUCUCAUGUAACCAUCUUACUGGGAAAAUUCCAACUGGAAUAGAGUACUUAUUUGGGUUGACUUCCUUAAAUUUGUCAAGUAACAAUCUCAGUGGAGAAAUCGUUUCAAACAUAGGAAAUUUAGAGUUCCUAGAAUUUCUUGAUUUGUCAAGAAAUCACUUAUCAGGAAGAAUUCCUUCUAGUCUAGCUCAUAUUGACCGUCUCACUUGGUUGGACUUGUCAAACAAUGAACUCUAUGGAAAAAUUCCAAUUGGAACACAAUUGCAGACAUUCAGUGCUUCAAGUUUUGAAGGAAAUUCUAACCUAUGUGGAGAACCACUUGAUAGAAAAUGUCCAAGAGAAGAUCCAUCAAAACAUCAAGUGCAAACAACUAAUACAGGAGAUGACAAUUCGAUAUUUUUGGAAACAUUAUACAUGAGCAUGGGGAUAGGAUUCUUUACUAGUUUUGUUGGGUUGGUAGGCUCAAUAUUGUUACUACCCUCUUGGAGAGAAACUUAUUCCAAAUUCUUGAACACUUUGAUAUUGAAAGCCUUCACGUGGUGGAAAGAGUGAAUGCAGCUCUCUCGUUGCUCUAAAGUGGAUGAAUGAUAAACAGGAUGAUCUUCUAUGCCUUUUGUAUAGAAUAGUACAUCUUUUUCUAUUUUAAAAUAAUGUUGUUCCUUUAGCAGUUUGCAGAUCACUUUUUGUUAAUGGAUAGGAUGAAUGCCAUUUUGUUGUAACUUUACUGUCAUAAAGUUUUAUUGUGUUUAGUUAAGCUAUCGUGUUUGGUAGUUUUUGUAUGAAAAUGUAAUCGAUAAUAUACUAUCAAGUUAUUAAUUAAUGAUAUGUUGCAUU